AUGAAAUCAUUUAUUUAAUGUUAUUCUAAAGAAAAGAUUUAACAGGUCGAUAAAUUAGGUCAAUAGUUGGAAGAAUAAAAUUAAAAGCUGUUUAAAGAUAAAUCAACUGUUGAUUCAAUCAAGUUUGAUCUUGAUUCAAUACAAAUAAAAAUAAUCAAUUAAUUUUAUGAAAAAGCCCAAGAAAUGGAAAAAUAAUUCUCACAAAUUGAUUAAACCUAUGUAAUCUCUCUCUUAUUUUACUUAGGAAUAAUUAUUGCUCUUAGAAUAGAAACUAAAGGAUCAGCUUAAGUGAAAUGA